AACCACACUUCCGGAGGAAGUCGGCAGACACCAUUAAAUACACGGCACAACUCUAACAUAAAUAAACAGUCCUCCUCGGCCUCCAACUACAACAGGACUAAGUGUAGGGAAAAGGAGGAACCUGCCUGAACUGAAUUAUGGCUGUCAUGCGGAUGACGUUCAUGUUGGUGUUGACCUUGGCCUUAGCUAGGACGUCACUGGCCUGUUUUUGUGUGUUAAGACACCCACAGGAAAUGUUCUGUAUAGCCGAUUUCGUGGUGAGGUUAGAGGUCAUUGACAUGGAGGAAAUAUACAGCAAUGAUGUGCCAAACUAUUCCUUUCCGAUGGAGGUCAGGUAUACGGUGGAUAUCAGCUAUGUAUUCAAGGGUUCUGAGAAGUUUGACCAAGCCGACAAAGUAUACUUGCUGACUGGGGGGUCAGACGGGACCUGUCGACAGGAUCUGGUUGUCGGCGAACUAUACGUCAUCAUGGGAUAUGUACAUGACGGUCACAUGUCUUUCGGCAUGUGUGACUGGACAAGGAGACUGGGGGACCUGACCAGUCACCAGUACAGGGGGUUGCACUACAAGUACACCAGGGGCUGUGACUGCCAGAUACAAAGGUGUUUUGGACCCGAAUGUAACGUUCGCAGUAACCGCAACGACACCUGUCAGUGGACGAACACAAACGAAUGUGACCAGAACUACGGCUUCUGCGUUGAGGGUCCAGGGGGGAGCUGUGCAUGGCGACAAAACAGGAUGCGAAGUGGAUGCUUGAACAGUCUAUCCGACGCGUGAUACACCGCAUAUGAAAUACAACAUGUAUCGGCAUCAAUUACAUAAUUUAAAAUAAAUUAUUGUAUUUCAAUUUUAUGGAUUUAGAUGUUACAUUUUUUUAGUUUAGCUAUGAAUACCAAAAUAGACCUUGGAAGACCUGUGUAAAAUGAUAGUUUUCCAUUGGUCAUAUAUAUUGUACAUUGUUCUAGGCUUGGUAAUAAUAACCUGAAUGAGUGAGUAAGGCCCCAUUUAUCAACCAAUCUUCCAAUCAAUAUAUCUAUCAAUAAAUGGUCACACAUUUUGCCGAGCGUAAACAUGAAUUAUCACGAAUGUCCAGAGGUGAUCUGUUGCAAUGUCAAUAUCUAAUUAAGUUAGUAAUUAAUGUGUUGCAUACACAAAUACACCACAGAAAGGUUUUACAAAACUGUAUUUUGGAAAAUAAUCGCCCUUUGACGGUGAGAUACAUUUUCGCCAAAUAUUGAAUUCGCACUUCACAUUUGAUUAUUGUGCAUAUAAUGAUUUUUUUAUAAAUGUAAGCUGUAAUGAUAUAGCCACUCUGAUAACGGUGCGAGAAAAAGGCGAAAUAGAGCGCAGCGAAAAUUUCCCAACAUACAGUAAGUCUUGAAUUUCCACAAAGCUGAGUCGAUUGGAAAAAGUAUAAUGACCAAUCGAAGACGUCAUGUAAGCAAAUUACAAACGUGCAUCAGGAACAGAUCUCGCUGCAACUUGCCAUAGUAAAGU